AUGGUGGUUUGUGUUGUGAUCUUUUUUUUUACCCCAAGCGUAUCGUGUCAAAACACAUCUGUUUUUUUUUUUGAGUUUUUGUUUACCCCUUUUGUUCAAAGUAGUUUCCGCAAAACUCAAAAAUACUCUCCAAAAUUUAGUUAUCUAUUUCACUUUCUGACGGCUAUUUUUGAUUUUGCAGAAUCACUUUGAACAGGGCAUAAAAUGAAAGUUCAGUUGAAUUAAAAAAAAACACACACACACACACAAAAUUUUUUUCGAUACUUUCACGGCGUUCCCAAACGGGGUGGGAGACGCCAAAAAACUUUGGCGCGAAAGUUCAAAACUCAAGUACGCAGCAAAAAAAAAAAAGUUAUUAACGUUGAAUACUCAGAAUAAUUUGAGACGUAGAAUGACGUGUCGUGACGUAAUUUCAUCCGGAGCGCGCACUUACUUUUUUUGUAAAUUCAAAAACUUUGACGCCUCACUAACCUUCCCUCACCCCAUUAGGAAUGCCGUGACUUCGUUCACUACAUUUGAAAAUUCCCUCUCUCGAUUGAUGAUCUUCUCCCUAGUAUACAACCGCUUCUAAAUGAUUUUUAGCUCCCAAGUUUCUAAAAAAGUCCGGAAUUCUUAAACAAUAUUUAAUUGGAAUUUUUCGACCGAGACUGUUUCGAACUGUGAUUUUCUAAAUCAAAAUCCGAAUAAACUGUAUAUUUUUUAGAACUUUUUAUGCUUAACCGAACCAAGCUUCAAUCAAUUUUUUUGAGAGCUAAAAAAAUGACUAACGUGCGAACUCUAGAGUGGUAUAUAUUGGCAACCUUAGGGGCCUUGAAGCAUCCCAUCUAGGGGCAACUCACUUUUAAAUUUGCGUAUCCACAGGAGUAGCCAACAAAGUGCGCUUUCAAUACAAUCGGGAUUUGCACGCGGUCAAUCAAUAAAUAGCAUACAGAGGAUAAUUCUUUGAAAGAUCUUUUGUAUUUCAAUACAAUUUGUGUGCCCUCCGAUACUAUUUCGAAGCUCUCUGGGUUUGGAUUUUGAGAGGACUAUGGAAGCUUUGAGGAUGCUGCCAGAUAGCACUUCGAUAGCUAUAGCCCGUCCACGGCUGGCUUGGGACAACGAAGGGGCUUGCGCGGCGAAAGUAGAUCAUGGCGGCCGUACAUGCGCCUUCAAUAAGAGCCUCCUUUGAUGAAUUAUUUCCGUUUCUAUUGAAUAUAUUUUUUCGUUUACAUUCAGCUCAUGGUUUUUUGAUUUUCAAGCGAUGAAUUAUGAGAGAAUAAUAAAUAAGUCAAAAAAUGGGGAUUUUAUGGAAGGCGCAUGAAUAGUCGUCAUGAUCUACCUUCGCUGCGAAAAAUUAAACCGCACGUUCGAUGUCCCCAGCCAGCAGGGAAUUGUAAAUUACGAAAAAGCAAGAAGGAACACGGGUUAAGGAAAAGAAAAAUUUUGGAGAGAACAAAAAUGGUUUGCAGAAAAUAUUUUUUUAAUGUAUUUAUAAGCGAAAUACCCUGGUGAAUAAAACCAUAACUAUCAAAACAACUAAACUUCACCAAAGAAAUUUUUUCAAAUAAAAAAUUACUAAUGAAACAUGAAAUUCGUAGCCAAUUGAAAUUAUAACGAAAUUUCGUAACCUCUGACCAGGGAAUGGUCUCCGGUCGCAGUGGGACCUCUUAAUGAGACCAAUUUUCCCAGAUGUAGUUUUUCACGCUGAUCCCAAAUCUGGUCUCAAAAACUGCCGAGGAUCUCUGUGAAAAAAGUUAUGGACCAUUAAAAGUCGAAAAUUUGAGUGUCUCCGAUUGAGUUCAUUUUUGGAGGGCAUAUAGAUCUUGUCCCUCUGGUCCCUCUGGUGAGUAAAUUUUAGUGGAAUUGAACGUAUCAAGGAGCUUCAAGUCUCUUUCACAAGGGCCAGUCUAUCAACUUCGAGACAGAGAAGAGUCUUUCUGACUCUUUGAAUUUCGAUUGAAAAUGAGAUACUUUGAUAAUGCAAUUAAGAGGAUAGUUGGCCUUUUUACAGAUAAUGUGAAAACAAAAUUAGCUUCAUUACAGCCUGUGUACCACGACUUGAAAUUUCACCAUACGACAUUCCGCUGUGCCGCUGCGCGCCUUUGCGAACCUUGGUCGCGCUUUUAAUAUUUUUUCUUUAUCAAGGUACUCUACUUUCAUUUGCUCGCACAGCGAUAACAAUCAAUUGAAAGCGUGGUCUAGAUUCGAAAGACGCUUCGGUGGUAUGAAAAAAACACUAGCGGAAAAUCAAAAGACGACUUUUCCGAUUUUUUCAUAUCGCUAGGGAACGAAACUUUUUCCGACUUUUUUCUCGAUAAAAUCUUCGUUUUAAAUCUUCCUAUAUAAAGUAGGUAGUUGAUACGAAAUAGGAAAAAUAAAUGUUUAUAGAUGUUUUAUAAACCGAAAAACAUAAGGGAAAAAGUCGGAAAGGGAUCCGUCGGAAAGGUGGCCGUCGGAAAGCUCCCUAGCAAUAUGAAAAAAUCGGAAAAGUCGCCGUUUGAAAUUUCGCUGGUCUUUCUUUCAAACCACCGACGCUUCGCGAACGCACGCAGCGGAACAGCGGAAUGUCGUUCCGUGAAAUUACAAGUCGUGGCCCACAGACUAUACCAUAUCAAUCACAACAACGAGAACGCGCAUUUUUCAUCAAAAAACGUUUAAAAUAGGAGAUGAAGAACAAACAUUUAUUAAGGAAGACGGAACUCGGGUUAAGGAAGAGAAAUUUAUGCGUAAGCGGAAGACGGAUAACGCAAUUUUGUGCAACCCUGCAAGCCAGCCGUGAACGAGCUAUAUAUAUAUCAGCACGUAUCCGAUUUAUUGACUGACGAUGUGGAUACCUCGAUUGACCUUUCCUAAAGCUUGUAAAAGUGGCCUCUAUAGGGGUUGUAGUCAGUGACCCCUACACGCUAGUCGAUUAUUGUUUUGAACUUUAUGAGAAGAAGCCAUUCCAUGCGAAAACUCAAUAAAUUACCGUUAUUUGAAUGAAAAAUAUCAACAUAGAAAAAAGUAACUCAUUAUGCUUGCCAAAGAAAUAUCUUUUCUUCGAGACUUACUGAAACAUAGUACCCCCAAACAAUUUCCCCAAAAACGCUUAAAAACGUUUGAACGAAUCGAGUUCCAUUUCAGCGCGUGAAGUUCUCGAAAGAGCAAUAUGACGCGAUGAAAUUAUUUGAAGAGCAGCACCAUCCUGACAUUUGGAAAUGGAUUGUGGACAAGGUAUACUUUUCUUUCGUAUUUUAAGGAUAAAAAAAAAGAGAAAAAUCCUUUUCUUCAAAAUGAUUCAAAAAACAUGUUUUUACUAUUCCAUAUAGUCUCUUCAGACUUUGAGUACCAAGCAGCUGACUCCGCCCUCCAAGGCUACAAUAUCUUUCGCGUCAAUCAGUGAGAGAGAAAAAGUCGAAUCUCCGCUAAAAGCGCGUUUCGCAGUAAAGUUGCUCUAUGGACAACUCAUAGCUAGCUAUUUUAGUCACAAAAACUUCUCGGACAUUGGUAACGCGAAACGGACGUGCUGCGGACGUUUCUGGGCGAUUCUAGGGAUCACUUAAGAGUGCUGAGGCUUUUCAAGUCGUCGCUCAAGCUCCGACCCUAAUGGUGCGAUAAACCAAUCAGAGAGCGAGCCGGCCACAGAGUGUUUUUCAAUGACGUCAUUGCACUUGACAUUAAAAAUCUGAACAGACUAUAUCAUCGCCGCGCAAGUUAAACGGCCCGUUCGCUGCCUCAAGCCAGCCGGGAAUGGGCUACAAACUAAUUUUUCACGUAUUCAAAGUAAUUUCCGCAAAACGCAAAAAAAAACUCUGACACUCCAAAAUUUAGUUAUCUUUCUCAGUCUCUGCGGGCUAUUCUGAGUUUUGCGGAAACGACUUCGAAUACGGCAUCGAGUCAACUAUUUCAUUUCCUUCGAUCCUCAGGAAAUGAGCUUCCAAAUUAUUGGGGAAAAAUUUUACUGUAAACGUUUUUCGAUUCUUUUUCUUUGCUAUAAUGGCAGAAUUGUAGGUGGGACGGUCGGAUGGGCUGUCGAUUUUGGACGUUUCGGAAGAAGCGUGCGUCUUUGCUCUGGCCCUCGCAGAGAACCACCCCACCAACAAGUUCGUAUUUAUCUUUUUCUGUGAAGCAAAAUAGUGGAAAAACGAGAAGUUUUGACGGCGAUUAAGAAAAAUAGAUCGCGUCACAUAAGUCAGUUUGGAGCGAAAAAAGACAGUUUUCUGAGAAACCAACAAAGAUGAACCGGAAGGUCGAUAUAAAUAGCUACCGGGUAGCAACUUUUAGAAAUUCAGUCGGCGUAUGAUAAUCGGUGGUCACUUGUAUGCGACCGGGUUCUAUAGCUGAUUCACGGCCAGCUUAGGACGUUAAGGGGGCGUUUACUGUCUGCGCUCUCCACGAGCCAGGCGCUAUCCCGUGCAUUAUCGUGUCAGGACCAUUUUUUCGAUGGCUCAAGCCAGCCGUGAAUCAGCUAUAUCUAUCUCUAUGUUACCUGAGUCGGGAAGUCGAUACAAAUAGCUACCAGCUACCUGACAUUCGCGAUUGCUCCCGGAUAGUCUGCCAUUGCUUCCCGGGUGCUUAUGUUUUAUUUCAGCGUUCACGGCAUUUUUUCCAGUACGUCAGUCGAAACUUUCCGUGAAUUAUGGUGAUUUUGGUGUGAACACACCGGGACGCACGAUCGCACACUCCAAACUUGUUUUUUCAAUUUUGAAGUUUGGACGCCGUUCAAGCGGUACAAAGGCGUAGGAAGAAGAAUAAGAGUGUGUGUCGAAGAAAGAGUUGUGGUGAUCUUUAGGGGCCACACAAAGGUAAAUCGGGAGGUCGAUACAAAUAGGUACCCGAUUGACCAGUCAGAGCCAUUUGACUCACAGAUUCUUGGAAUAAACACAGCUGGGUCGCCUAUUUUUUUAACCCCUUUGUUCCCCCGUUUGAGCACAACUAAGACUCGAAUAGCCUAAAAAACAUGAGUUCAAUACGGUCGCACCUGUUGAGACACCUUGUUCAGCAUGUAGAACUCUACAAACAGUGGAUAGGUCCUAUCCUAUCCGAUAGGAUAGGUAUUUUUUCGCUCGUCUCUUUGAAUCAACUUUGUGCGGUUGUAUACUAGUGCGUGGAUAGUUAUAUUUGGGUGCGAGAACUUGUCUGCCUGAAAAAAGAGAGCUCUUAGAUUGACGAUCGCAGCACGAGGGGACAAGCCAAGUUUUGAUCUACCGACCAACGUCACUUUUAAGAAGUCCACUUUUAACAAUACAUACGACUCUCUUUCUCAGGUCGGAUUUACUUUACUUUUACUUUGUUUUGGUGAAUAAAUGAAAGUUGAAAUCUUCCCAUAACAGUUCUCGUUUGUUACGUACUGAAGCUUCCACUUGACUCAUUUGUUAAUUUUUCUUUACCUAGUUGGUUUUGUACAUUCACAACUGACGUUUCAUAAUUCUCUUGAGUUUAGUCGAUAAUUCUCGUGUGUGCCUCAAAAUACGUGUCUUCUCGUUGCGGAAGAUCAACGAUCUUGUCAGCUUGAGCUCCUCAAUAAAUCACUCGAGCGCUGUAAAGAGCCAAACCAAAAAUUUAGAUUGGCAAGUUCGAUCUGAUCAUCGUCAACGAAAUUUCUCACGAAAUAAAAGAUAUGGCCGUCUUCUUCAAUGCCCUCAAGGCGUUGCUCAACCGUGAGUGACCUUUUUUCGUUUUAGUUAAAGGCAUAGGGGCAGUAUACAGAAGAAUAUAUAUAAAAGCCGCCGCUGUUAUGAAACAACGCAGUAAUUAUGAAUAAGAAGAACUUUUUCUCUCGAUUUAUACGAUAAGCACACAGACGAAUCGAGAGGGUACCAUAAUUUGUCCACUCAGAUACCUCUCAAAAUAAAUCGUGAUGACCCCAUAAUGUGUCCAUCGUGAGACCUCCAGCAUACCUUUUAGCUAUAUCUGAGCCAUUUCGGAGGUUCUUCAGAGUCUCCCUCUCAUUUUGCUCAAAAUCCUCAGAGGUAUACUCGUGGUGCCAUCGUGAGACUUCAGAACCUGCGAUAUACCUCAGAGGGUAUUGCCAUACCCCUUCUCGGUUCGCCUAUGUGAAAAGCAUAGUCGAUUACAUUUUGUGAGAAAAAAUUUUAUCAGAAACGUUGAGUUCAAAUAUAUUCCUAUUUUUAUGAAUCUAAAAAAAAUCUGCGAACAUCUUGUUCGCAGCUUGAAAUAGGUCGAGCAAUUCGAUCUCAAGUCCUCUGAAACUAUUUUGCAGCUCAAUUGCACUUGCAAAUUGCUUGCAAACCUUUUUUUUCAGCCAAAAACUGCAAAUGACCCUCUGUCGGCUUGAAAAUCAUCCUUUUUUGGUUGCAAACUGCAAACUUCCUGCAGUUUGUAUGCUAGCCAGUCUUUACUUAGUUGCAAAGCUCUCACAACCGGUUACCCGAGUCUAAGUUUUUCCAAAACCAAAAGAAAAAUCAAUCUUUUCCAAACAUUCAAAUAUUCGCCGGAAUCGCCUCUGUUUCGGAUCCGACAAUCCCAUGUUCAUGGCAAAAAAUUACAGCGAAUGCGCCGAUCGUCAUUUUUUCGCGACCGAAAAAUCCUCCUUUGCCGGUGCCUGAAGUGUGUCUUCUUCUGUGGCGCAAGUUGGCUCCGACGCGUGAAGAAAUACUUGCUGCAGCCAAUGCCGUUCGUUUUCUUAUAUCCAAUUGCUUGAUACUUUCUACCAGUGCCGUAAUUUAUUUGGUUGUUUAGUGUAUAUAAAUUCUUUUGCUUGCUAAACUACGAAAAUUUCGUUUUGGUUUUUGAGUUGUAAAACUCACAAACUAACGUUUUUUUUGAGAAGUUCUUAGUUCAGCGGAGCAAUGGGAAAGGUCCACAUAUGUGAGAAUUUUCUGACCUCAGAGAUGGAAAAACCACGAGUGGUGUGAGAAUUUGCGCAUGUUCUAAAUUUAACUGUAAAAUGUGUAUAUUUGUACUUUUUUUCUUAAUCGAUGAGGAUUUUCAGGUAUGAGAAAACGCUUCUGCUGGUUAUUUUAACUCAUUAUGAACAACCAGAAAAAUAGAGAUUUAGCAGAGGCCGAAACGUUUUCCUUAAGAAUUCAAAUUUCAUUUGGCUAUAGUUCUGGUUUUUUUUUUCAAAUUUCAAAGUUAUACUAAAUAAAUUGAAGAACAAAUUUUUCGGAGUAUCUUCCUGAAGGAAAUAUUCAAAUGUUAAUAACUAAAACCUUGUCUCGUUUUCCCAACAAAAACACACAGCUAGGAAUAUUUCAGGCUGAGCUGAACUCUACAUGUUUUUCUGCGGCUGUCCCUGUUUCGGUCGACAGAGCCGUUUGGGAAAAUCUGCUCUAUUCUGGUUAGCGAUUUUUUAGUGUUUUGCUGUGAUUUUUGGACGUUUGAGGGUGCUUUCCGGCGGUGAAAAACACGCCCAAAUGUGACGAAAGAUGCAUUCGCGACUACUGUUCCUCUAUCAAAGGAAAACUCUCAUUUGAAGAGAAAAUCAGCAUUUUCUUGUUGAAAAACUGA